AUUGCUGCUAACUUGAUGUUGCCAUUUUUGUUGCGUUUCUUCCUGAACUUUUGCGAUACCUGCCUGAUACUUUUCUUUGAGAAAAAGUCAAGAAAUUAAACGUCAUGGGGGCUUGUUUGGCUCUGCCGUGUUCCAUUGCAAGCUGCGCAUCGUGUCUGUGUGGUUCGGCCCCUUGUCUGCUGUCGUCAUGUUGCCCCUCCACCUAUAACUCCACCAUGAGCCGCCUCGCUUUCUCCUUCCUGCUGCUGCUGGGAACCCUGGUGUCCAUCAUCAUGAUCCUGCCUGGCAUGGAGGACAACCUCAAGAAGAUCCCUGGCUUCUGUGAGGGCAACGAUAACAUCCCGUUCAUUCAUGGCAAAGUGAACUGUGAUAUCAUCGUGGGUUACAAGUCUGUGUACCGUAUGUGUUUCGCCAUGGCCUGCUUCUUCUUCCUCUUCUCCAUCAUCAUGAUCCGAGUGCGCAGCAGCAAGGACCCCCGCGCAGCCAUCCAGAACGGUUUUUGGUUCUUUAAGUUCCUGAUUCUGGUUGGAAUAACUGUCGGAGCCUUCUUCAUUCCAGAUGGCAUCUUUACCACAGUGUGGUAUUACUUUGGCGUGGUGGGCUCCUUCAUCUUCAUCAUCAUCCAGCUCAUCCUCUUGGUGGACUUCGCUCACUCCUGGAGCCAGUCCUGGUUGGAGAAGGCAGAAGAAGGCAACUCCAAGGCCUGGUAUGCAGCUCUUCUGACUGUCACCUUCCUGCAUUACGCUCUGGCUUUCUCUGCCAUGGUGCUCUUCUACAUCUACUACACCACCCCGGAAGCCUGCACUGAGCACAAGGUCUUCAUCAGCCUCAACUUCAUCUUCUGCGUUGCUGUGUCCAUCGUGUCCAUCCUUCCCAAAGUCCAGGAAGCCCAGCCAAGCUCCGGACUGCUGCAGGCCUCCCUCAUAUCUCUCUACACCAUGUACCUGACCUGGUCUGCCAUGAGCAACAACCCCAACAAGACAUGUAACCCCAGCCUGUUGAGCCUGGUCCAACACACCCCCACCCCCACUCCAGCUCCGGGACCCGCUCCCACACAGGCUCCCGGUCCGGUCCAGUGGUGGGACGCACAGAGCAUUGUGGGAUUGCUCAUUUUCCUCUUCUGUACUCUUUAUGCCAGUAUCCGUUCGUCCAACAACACUCAGGUAAACCGGUUGAUGCAGACGGAGGAGGGCACAGGCCUGACCUCAGACGUGGAGGCCACCCCAGGGGAGGAUGGGGUGGUCAGAGCUGUGGACAACGAAGAGGACGGGGUCACCUACAGCUACUCCUUCUUCCACUUCUCUUUGUUCCUCGCCUCCCUCUACAUCAUGAUGACACUAACCAACUGGUACAAGCCUGACACACAAUACGAGGCUAUGCAGACCACCAUGCCAGCGGUGUGGGUGAAGAUCUGCUCCAGUUGGCUUGGACUGGCACUCUUCCUCUGGACCCUGGUGGCCCCCUUGGUUCUGCCUGAUAGGGAUUUCAGCUAAAUACAACACUCAAGCCCUUUUGCAGUUUGCACCAAAGAUAUAUUUUUGUUUGUAAAGAAUCAGAGGUUUAAACUUUAAAGAUAACGUAAACUUCUUUUUUUUUAGCCUAGUCUUUAUACUGUUUUCUUCUUUUAUAUAAAAAUGUGAGAUUGUUAAUUUUACAGAAUGUAGGAGACCAAAUUGACCAAAAUAUUGCCGCCGUCAUAGCACAAUUGCCCAACAAAUUUUUAGCCAAAUCGAGUUUUCCGUCUUCACUCUCCAGACCCUGCUUCACCUGUAGCUCUCGUUGGCUGUGUCUUCGGCCAAUCAGACUUUUUUCUACAGCCAAAAAAACUAAAACCAUCCUUUAUUGACAUCGGUAUUUUGGUUUUUUUUGUUGUUGUUGUUUUCCCCUCAAAAAACAUGAAAAAUGGCUUAAGCAAUUAUGUUAUGAAGCUAAAAAAUAUUGCCUCCCACAUUUAAGAUUAAUGACUGGGAUUGGUAAAAGUGAA